AUGACAAGUAUUAAACAAAAUUCUGAGGAUGUGGAAUUUUGUUCAAAAUUCAAUAGCUUUGCUUUAGAUUUCACUACAGGUGGAAUCUCUGCAGCCUUAAGUAAAACAGCUGUUGCCCCAAUUGAAAGAGUUAAACUAUUAUUACAAACUCAAGAUACAAAUCCAAAUAUAAUUAGUGGUAAUACUCUUAGAUAUAAAGGUAUUGUAGAUUGUAUUACAAGAGUAACUAAAGAACAGGGAUAUAUCAGCCUCUGGAGAGGUAAUUUAACUAAUGUUAUUAGAUACUUCCCAACUCAAGCCUUUAACUUUGCAUUUAAAGAUACUUUCAAAUCUUUAUUUCCUAAAUAUGAAAAAGACAUCGAAUUUUGGAAAUUUUUUGGAGCUAAUAUUGCUUCUGGAGGCCUUGCUGGUGCUACAUCUCUAGGUAUUGUAUAUCCGCUAGAUUUUGCAAGAACACGUUUAGCAGCUGAUAUUGGAAAGAAAUCUCAAAGAGAGUUUAAAGGUUUAAUAGACUGCCUUGGUAAAGUUUCUAAACAAAGUGGAGUAGCUUCAUUAUACCGUGGGUUUGUUGUUUCAGUACAAGGUAUCAUUGUAUAUAGAGGAGCUUACUUUGGAUUGUAUGAUACCGCAAAAGCUUUAUUAUUCAAAGAUAAUGAUGGUACGAACAUGCUAUAUAAAUGGUUCGUAGCACAGACAGUAACAACAACAGCUGGAAUUAUUAGUUACCCUUUUGACACAGUUAGAAGAAGGAUGAUGAUGAUGGCUGGCAAAAAAUCAAGUGAAACUUUAUAUACCGGAACAUUUGAUUGUUUUCAGAAAAUACUUGCUACUGAAGGACCUAGUGCAUUUUUUAAAGGUACAUUUUCCAACAUUAUUAGGGGUACUGGAGGAGCUUUAGUUUUAGUGUUAUAUGAUGAGAUUAAGAAGGCUCUGAGACAGUGA